UCGAGCGAUCGGUUCGUCUGGCUUCGCAUUCCUCGAGAGUCAGUUGAGCAUUGGACGUCCUCGUUAGCGGUUGCCAGCGUCUUCUGAGCGACGAACAUAUGAAGUCGCUCAGGCACCAACAGUAGGAAGUGAUCCGUAAUGAAUUGAAGAGAGACGACACCACCAGAGACCAAGGAACCACGCGGAAAACCAAAUAGUCUUAGAACUUGUCCACAUCCCAGGGACACCCACCUGUAGCCCGAGAGCUAAGCCCCAACUAAACCCACCAUGAAGCGCAGCCGGUGGAGCCACAGUGGCUCCUCCACGGCGCCUCUGCUGCUGAUCGGAGUCCUGAUCGCCAGCUGCACCACCGUUAUCCUAGCCGCCCAGCGUCCACCCAUCAACUCCGUGGGAGGCCACGAGUUGCGCAAUGUCAACUACUUGCCGGCCCUGGAGUGCUACGAUCCAUAUGGCAGACCGCAGAAAUGCCUGCCCGAGUUUAUCAAUGCUGCCUAUCAACUACCUAUUGAGUCCACUAAUACCUGCGGUGAGCAGAAAGACAACCGCUUCUGCGUACAAACUAUGAAUCAAAAUCAUAAGAAUUGCGAGCUGUGCGGACGUAAUGAUCACACUACCACCUUUUUGACCGAUGCGCAUAAGGGGGAGAUCCCCACCUGGUGGCAAUCGGAGACCAUGUACGAGGGCAUCCAGCACCCGAGCUAUGUGAAUCUGACUUUGCACUUCGGAAAGUCCUACGAUGUCACAUAUGUGAGCAUUCUGUUCCGCUCGCCUCGUCCCGAAUCCUUUACCAUCUACAAGAGGACCUCGCAGAAUGGUCCCUGGAUUCCCUACCAGUUCUACAGUGCCACCUGUCGCGACACCUACUCCCUGCCCGAUUCGCGGGCCAUUCGCAAGGGAGAAGGUGAGGCUCAUGCCUUCUGCACCAGCGAGUACAGUGAUAUCUCGCCAUUGAGGGACGGAGAGAUCGCCUUCUCCACGCUGGAGGGUCGUCCCAGUGGCAUCAAUUUCGAGCGCAGUGCUGAGCUCCAGGAAUGGGUCACGGCCACCGAUAUCCGAAUCACUUUGGAUCGCCUGAACACCUUCGGUGACGAGGUCUUCGGAGAUCCCCAGGUGCUGCAGUCCUACUUCUAUGCCAUCACCGACAUUUCGGUCGGAGCACGUUGCAAGUGCAACGGACAUGCCAGCAAGUGCAUCACCAGCACCGGAAUGCAUGGCGAGAGGGCCGUGGUCUGCGAGUGCCGUCACAAUACCGAUGGACCCGACUGCGAUCGCUGCCUGCCGCUCUACAACGACCUCAAGUGGAAGAGGUCUACCUCCACGGAAGUGAACGAAUGCAAAGCCUGCAACUGCAAUGGACUGGCGGACAAGUGCUUCUUCGACGCGCAGCUCUUCAACCGCACGGGUCACGGAGGUCACUGCCUGGACUGCCGCGAGAAUCGCGAUGGUCCCAACUGCGAGCGCUGCAAGGAGAACUUCUAUAUGCGCGACGACGGCUACUGCGUGAACUGCGCCUGCGAUCCCGUGGGCUCCCGAUCGCUGCAGUGCAACAGCCACGGCAAGUGCCAGUGCAAGCCGGGAGUGACGGGCGACAAGUGCGACCGCUGCGACAACAACUACUAUCAGUUCGGCCCCCAUGGCUGCCAGCAGUGCGGAUGCGACGGACGGGGCUCCCACGAGAACACCCCCGCCUGCGAUGCGGAGACCGGAAUCUGCUUCUGCAAGGGCAACGUGGAGGGCAGGCGAUGCAAUGAAUGCAAGCCCGGCUUCUUCAACCUGGACAAGUCGAACCGAUUCGGCUGCACCCCCUGCUUCUGCUACGGCCACACCUCCGAGUGCAUGACGGCACCGGGCUACUCGAUUGUCUCGGUGACCUCGAACUUUAACAAGUUCAAGGAGCGCUGGACGGCUGCCGACUUGAACCAGCGCGAGGUGGACAUCAAGUACAACCAGUACAGUCGGAGCAUAGGAACCACCGCCCAGGGCAACGAGCACGUGUACUUCCAGGCGCCCGAUCGCUUCCUCGGCGAUCAGAGGGCCUCCUACAACAGGGAUCUGAAGUUCAAGCUGCAGUUGGUGGGUCAGGUGGCCAAUACGGGAGUGAGUGAUGUGAUUCUCGAGGGCGCCGGCAGCCGUAUCUCGCUGCCCAUUUUCGCCCAGGGCAAUGGACUGCCCGAUCUGGGGGUCAAGGAGUUCACCUUCCGGCUGCACGAACACCACGACUACCAGUGGCAGCCCAGCCAGUCGGCCCGCGGAUUCCUCUCGAUUCUGUCCAACCUGACGGCCAUCAAGAUCAGGGCCACGUACUCGGUGCAGGGCGAGGCCAUUCUGGACGACGUGGAGCUGCAGACGGCGCAUCGCGGGGCAGCCGGUCAUCCGGCCACCUGGAUCGAGCAGUGCACCUGCCCCGAGGGUUACCUGGGUCAGUUCUGCGAGUCCUGCGCCCCCGGCUAUCGGCACAGUCCCGCCCGCGGAGGUCCCUUCAUGCCCUGCAUACCCUGCGAUUGCCAUGGCCACGCCGACAUCUGCGACUCCGAGACGGGCAGGUGCAUCUGCCAGCACAACACUCACGGGGAUAACUGCGAUCAGUGCGCCAAGGGAUUCUACGGGAAUGCCUUGGGUGGAACUCCCAGCGACUGCAAGCGGUGUCCUUGCCCCAAUGACGGUGCCUGUCUGCAGAUCAACGAGGAUACGGUUAUUUGUACAGAGUGUCCAAAGGGUUAUUUCGGUUCUCGAUGCGAACAGUGUAGCGAUGGCUUCUUUGGCGAUCCCACUGGGCUGCUGGGCGAAGUUCAGACCUGCAAGAGCUGCGACUGCAAUGGAAAUGUGGACCCGAAUGCGGUGGGCAAUUGCAACAGGACGACGGGCGAGUGUUUGAAGUGCAUCCACAAUACGGGCGGUGAUCACUGCGAUCAGUGUUUGUCCGGGCACUUUGGAGAUCCCCUGGCUUUGCCACAUGGACGCUGCGAUCGUUGCACCUGCUACGAGGCAGGAACCGAGCAGGAUGAGCAGAGCAUCACGCGAUGCGACCAGGUGACUGGCCAGUGCCAGUGCAAACCGAAUGUGAUUGGCCGGGAUUGUGGGGAGUGUCAGCCGGGUUACUUUAAUAUUCGAUCAGGAAAUGGCUGCGAGAACUGCCUGUGCGAUCCGGUGGGCAGCUACAAUGCCACCUGCGAUCGCUACUCCGGCCAGUGCCACUGUAGACCUGGGGUCACAGGUCAGCGGUGCGACCAGUGCGAGAACUACUUCUACGGCUUCUCCGGCGAGGGCUGCAAGCCCUGCGAGUGCGAUGAGAGUGGCUCCAAGGGAUUCCAGUGCGACCAGAGUGGCCAGUGUCCCUGCAACGACAAUGUCGAGGGUCGUCGCUGCGAUCGCUGCAAGGAGAACAAGUACGAUAGGCAUCGCGGCUGCAUCGACUGCCCCGAUUGCUAUAACUUAGUUCAAGAUGCCGCCGAUCUGCACCGCGAGAAGCUAUCUAAUCUUAGCCAGACUCUGGAUGAGAUUGCCCGCACGCCGGUGACCAAUGACGAUGAGUUCGAGGCCAAGCUGAAGGCCGUGCAGGAGAAGGUGGCCGUUUUGGCCCAGGAUGCUCGCGAUAACUCGGGUCAAGGUGGUCAGACCUACGCCGAGGUCAUCGAUGAUCUGCACAAGCACUUGGAGAGCGUAAGGGAGCAUCUGCAAAGUGCCGAUAAGUUCCAGUCGGAUGCCAACGGGGAGAUCGAUAGGGCGCGACAGAACUACACAAUCCUCGACCAGAUCACCGAGAAUGCCAAGAAGGAACUGCAACAGGCCUUCGAUCUGCUCAACGACGAGGGUGCCCAGGCGUUGGCCAAGGCCAGGGAGAAGUCCGUGGAGUUUGGCCAGCAGUCCGAACAGAUCUCGGACAUUUCGCGCGAGGCUCGCGCUUUGGCCGACAAACUCGAGUCGGAGGCCCAGUUCGAUCUGAAGAACGCCAAGGAUGCCAAGGACGCCGUGGAGAAGGCCCAUCAGCUGGCCAAGAGCGCCAUCGAUCUGCAGGAGAAGAUCGGCACGGAGCUGCAGACGGAGGUGGGCCUGGAGCUGAGCCAUGUCAAGCAGUCGCUGGGCACCGUGGUCCAGACCUCCAAGGAGGCUCUGCGCAAGGCCAACGAGGUCUACGAAACCGCUCUGACCCUGCUGAAUGAUGUCAACCGUCAGACCCAGCCGGCCAUCGAUAUCAGCCAGCUGAAGAAGGAUGCAGUGGCGGCCAACGAGCGAGCCGAUGAGCUGCUCAAGCAGAUCAACGAAUUGUCCAACAGCAAUGGCGAACUCUUUGCCGAUUUCGAAACGGAGCAGGAACUCACGGAAACGCUGUUGAAGAGAGCCGAAGAGCAGCAACAGGAUGACAUCGAGCUAUUGGAGCGGGCCAAGGCCGCCCACGACAAGGCCACCAAGGCGGUGGAACAGGGCGACAACACCCUCAAGGAGGCCAACAACACGUACAACAAGCUGACCGGCUUCCAGUCGGAUGUCCAGCGCACUUCGGAGAGCGCCGACCAGGCACUGCAGACCGUGCCCAACAUUGAGAAGGAUAUCCAGAAUGCCGAGAGCCUGAUCAGCCAGGCGGAGGCGGCCUUGGACGGAGCCAACAAGAAUGCCAACGAGGCCAAGAAGAACGCCCAGGAGGCGCAGUUGAAGUAUGCCGAACAGGCUUCAAAGGAUGCCGAGCUGAUCCGCCGCAAGGCCAACGAGACCAAGGUGGCUGCCCGCAAUCUGCGCGAUGAGGCCGACCAACUCAAUCACCGGGUGAAGCUCACCGAAAUGGACAUAUUCAAGCUGGAGGAGAGCUCAACCAAGGACGACAACCUGGUGGACGAUGCCAAGCGAAAGGUGGGCCAGGCCAAGGCCGAUACCCAGGAGGCCCAGAAGCAGAUCGAAAAGGCCAAUGCCGAGCUGACGGCCAUCAAGGAUGAGCUGGAGAACCUGAAGGACAUUAACACGGGCGAUUUGGAUAAAUUGGAGAAUCGUUUGGCCACUGUGGAGGGUGAGAUCAAUCGUGUCAAUCUGACGGGACGCAUUGAAAAGUACCGGGAGCAGCGAACAUCCCAGAAGAAUCUGAUCGACAAGUACGACGCCGAGCUGAAGGAGCUCAGGGAGGAGGUGAAGAAUAUUGGCCUUAUUUCCAAGGCUCUGCCGGAGAACUGCUUCAGUCGCAAUCGCCUCGAACCGUAGAGAUCCAGAGAUCCCCCAGCCCCCCAAUAACAACUACUUCAAUUAACACUAAGUUCGAGAACGAGGAUCAGAACGAGACGAACAAAUCAGAUUUAUGAUAGAACGUAGCCGUUGAAUGAAAUUAUGUAAUUUUAGUGACUUAGCCGAAAUAUUCUGUUUAGUGACCAGACAACGUUAAGCUUUAACGCAUCAUCGUUCGCAUACUGUAUGCCAUAUACCAUAAUGAUACACGGGGAUGCCCACAUCGAGAAUCAACUGCCAACUGAGCUUCACCAGUUUCAAGCCAGCAACGAACUGUAUUAUAUGUUAAAAGAAACAAAAAACACUAAACACUAAACGAACUUGUACUCCAAUCCGAUAAUCCAAUCGCAUUUCUCUAUCUCUGCCGUAGCUCCACCUGAAACCUAUUCUAAACACUUAUAUAUUAACAUAUUUGUCAUCUACGUUUAAUGUGCCAAUACAAUUACCAUGUAUCUUUGUGUAUAAGUCGCUUAAAGAGUUUCCCCUCAAAAUAUAACUUUUCCAACGUUGUAAUUUUGUAAAAACCAAA